GAUCCUCUAUACUUUUGCCUAAACUUAAUCCCCCUCUAAUCCCAUUGAUUUCUUCUUCUUCGCCAAAUCUUCCUCCAUCAAAGCCCUCAAAUCUUCACUAAUUUGCCCCCAUUUUCUUCCCCCUUCUGUCUUCACUAAUUUGUCACGAACCUAGGCGUGACUUGGGUUCAUCGCGCCUGAGUUCAUCUUGGGUUCGCGACGAACCCAAAGCACGCCUGGGUGGUUCUGGGUGGUUCGUCCUGGGUUCUUCUCAAACCCAGGAUGAACCCGGCUCACAAGACUAGGCUGUCAAAGAACCCAGCUUGCGCCUGGGUUCAUCGCAAACCUAAGCGCACGCUGGCGUGCGGAAGGAUGGUGAAUUCGGUGAAUGAUGCGGUAGGGCUGCUGUGGAUAGGGAACUGGCAUGUGUGCCAGAUGGCGGUGGAGACUGUUCUCCUUGGCGGAACCCUCUGGCCGUUGUCGGAGUUGAUGGUUUCUCCACCAGCAUCUGAUGAAACUUUGGAAGCAACCUAGGAAGUGACAGAGCGACACUUCAUCCGGUGUUACAGUCUGCUUGGAUAGUGGGUGAUGCACUAAAAUCACCCUAGCAAG